CGGCCAUGAUCUCUCAUGUUAACCGGCGAAAUGAAUGAGAGUUGGAGCUGGAGCAGCCGCCUCUGAGCACCAGGGAGCAGCACUUUGCAGACAGACUCGCUCGCCCCUCCACUCUCGCUCGCCGUGGCGCUGCAGGCAGGAGAAAGCAGGUUGGAGACCGCCGCUGCCGGCGCGCAGACGCGCUCAGGGGGGCCGCCUCCGUGGGCACCCCGCUGCGCCGAGCCCCGGGACGCCAGCUCCACGGGCGGCGGCGGGGCUGGAGUUCGGCCAGGGUCCGCCGCGGCGCCGGCCUCCCGCCACCCCCACCCGGUCCCAAGGGGUGGGGGGCGGGGAGGAGCAGCUGAUGGGAACGUGUGACUUUCUUCACCAAUGAACCCAAACCCACCCGGGGGCACGGGCUGGGGUAGGGGAGGGGCGCGAAGGGGGGGAAAAACUUUUUCUUGGCGCCUAGGAGGGAGGCUCGGUGUCGCCGGGAGCUCGGCGUCCUCGGGCCCGCGAGGCGCUACGCAGCGGCCCGCGCCCACUUCCUGGCUCGCCGUACCCCGCGCCCGCCACCUUGCACCCGGAGGACCUGGUGCCCGGGCACGGAGCCGAGGGAGCGAGGCCGCGAGGGGCGAGGAUGCGGACGCCGCCGAGCGAGGCCGAUGUCCCCCCCCCCCCCACGCUCAGCUGGCGCUGAGGGUAAGCGGGUCCCCUCAGCGGCACCCGGGCGCUUUGCGAGCUGCCGGCUGCAGGCGGCCGCGGCGGCUGGAGGGGGCCGCGCUCAGUGUGGCGCGGGGCCGACUUAACCCUUUCCUGGGCCUCCCGGGGCUGGAGAGGGAGGUGAGGAGCGAUGGCCGCGAGCACCGACGGACACAUCGGGCGCGCAGGCGACUCGGCACCCCGGGGCACCCCCUGGCCGCCGCGCGCCCCGCUCCCCACCCCCAACAGUUUACCUGUUGGUCCCCUCAGCUAGCCGCUAGGCAGGGGCGGGCGGCCGGGACGCUCUGGCGGUGGCCUCAGCCUCCAUCGUUCAGAUUAAUGGCCCUUCUAAAAUAGAAAAUUGAAUCAGGAUUUAGCUAUUCCAUCUGCAAAAGCUAAUUGCAACACAUAUUUAUGAAAUUAGAUGUGGAGAAGCGAGCUGCCACCACCCACUCAACUACAACAAGGAUUUUUUUUUCCACUUCUGAGACAGCAUAAGAGACAAGGAAUUAAUAUGCUUGCGGCACAUCUUCCUUCUCCAGUCUGCUGGUGCCUGUGGAUGAGUCUGGAAUUUCUCUUUCUUUCUGAUAGUGGUGUAAGCCUGGCAAAGGCUUGAGAAAAACAGAGGGCAAUGAGAGGUGAGGUAAUGUGGAUUACAUUUUAUAUUUUUAUGUCACUUUUUAGUUGAUCAACAUUUACAUGCAAAUAAAUUAAAGACAGUUGCUUCUAAAGAGUUUAUAAUAAAUACAGGCAUAGUGGCUUCGGCUUGUAGUCCUGUGCUUGAGAAGCUAAUGGAGAAGAACC